AUGGAGUUUGAUCCGAGUCGUUUUUUCCGCGCAGAUGGGAGUCCCUCGCCCUAUGCCCUGCUCGUUCUCAACCAGCCAAUCAACGAACGGGCGUUUGCGGUACUAAGUGAACAUACGUCUCAUAUUGUGUGUGCUGAUGGUGCCUCAAAUCAUUUUUAUGACCUAAUGAAGGCUCAAGGAAAAGAGUCUACUGAACUCCCCGAUGCCAUCGUUGGCGAUCUGGACUCGAUCCUUCCAUCCGUGAGAAAGCACUACGAGGAGCUAGGGGUAUUCAUCCUGCAAGAUGAAGAUAAAUAUAGCCCGGACUUCAGCAAGUGCCUCAAAUACCUGAAUGAGCAUGCAGCAGAAAUCAUUGCUGCCCCCCGAUAUAAUGCACGAGAGUCUCCAAGCAAUGGCCAACCACCUGCCAAGAUGAGAAAACCAACCCAACCCUCAUCGGACCCUAUGCUUGACAUAGUGGCUUUGGGCGGCUUGGGCGGCCGGGUCGAUCAAGCCUUUUCACAGAUCAGCCACCUCUACAUGGUGGCCCAGACACAGCGAGAGCUACGUGAAGCACGGGGUUGUCAAAGUGAGAGUGACGAUGAACAGAAGGUCGUCGACCCGGCUGCUGGCGGUAACCUCUAUCUGGUCUCCGAGGAGAGCGUCACAUUCAUUCUCCAAGAGGGGAAGAACGUCAUCCACACGCCUUGUACAAACCGGACAGACCUUGAAAACCCUCCACCCUCGGCGGAGUGCCUGUCUGACGAGCCGGAAGUCGGGCAAAAGCGAAAGCGGGCGGAAAAGGCUGAGCAGGAAUUCUUUUUCGAAGAGAACAUCGGCAUCAUUCCGCUGUCAGGACCGACAUCGAUUUCUACGAAGGGGUUCAACUGGGAUGUGCAGGACUGGCCCACGAAACUGGGCGGGCAGAUAUCGACCAGCAAUUACAUCCGGGCCGACAAGGUCGAGGUCGAAGCUUCGAAGCCCGUCCUGUUUACAGUGGAGCUGGCACAGAGAUUGAAAAGAGCAUGA